GUCAACCUCCCUGGGGUGGGGACCGCGAGAGUCCGGAAGGUUCGAGAAUGUUCCAGCGUGGGUUUGAAAGGCACGAAUACUGUGGAUGCCCGUCGUUAGGAACCCUCCAUCUUUUCGGUUUCUCCACCUGCAGAGGGGAGAGAGUGAUCUCAGUAGUUAGCCGCGGAUGGAGUGCCGUGGUGCUUGAGGCUACAAGUCCAAGUAUCUUCAGCUCAAGAAGAAGUUAGAAGAUGAGUUCCCCGGAUGCCUGGACAUCUGCGGCGAGGGGACUCCCCAGGCCACCGGCUUCUUUGAAGUGAUGGUAGGGGGGAAGUUGGUUCACUCCAAGAAGAGAGGCGAUGGUUACGUGGACACAGAGAGCAAGUUUCUGAAGCUGGUGGCCGCCAUCAAAGCCGCCUUGGCUCAGGGCUAAUGGGCCCCAAAGGCAGAGUCCAGUGACCUUGGCCCAGCCCCUCGUGGCCGACGCUUCAUGACGGGAAGGACUGAAAUGUCUGGUGGACGCCUGGUCUUUCCCUGAUGUCCCUGCGGCCGCUGCGUGGGGGCAGAGACUGACGCCUCUGGUCCUUGCCUCUGUGUGUGUGUGUGUGUCCAGGCAUGUAGCUCUGCUCCCUGCCUGCCUUGUUCCCUCCUCUCCCCACUUGCCCCCGAAUCCCCCAGCACCCCCCCUGGUUACUCCUGCUCCUGGCUUCCUUCUUGGGGUGGCGGAGAAAGGAUCUGGAUGAGUGAGUUGUAGAUUUCAGCAGUGUGGGUAAGGGUUUACCGUUCAGUAAACAUUGGAUGAGUUUAACAAAACGUGUCUUGCGUGUGU